CCAUAAAUGUCCUAUCACCCGGGACACGGUCACCGUCAGGAGCCCAGAAAAGGAGCCGGAGCCCGUCGUGGUUUUGCUCGACCGGAUGACUCUGCAGACGCUCCACGUACCGGACCACUGAUUUUCGAGGAACGAUCUACCGAAAACGCGGGAGCAGCUCCGCCGAUUGAAGAGCAACUAAAAGUGCACAAUAAUCCAUAUGCUUCAUUGAAUAUUCAACAGCAGAGAAUUAGAUUACCUAUUUUUAAGAAUCGCGGUCACAUUCUCUACAUGUGCGAACGAUAUCGUACAAUAAUCAUUGUCGGCGAAACAGGAUGCGGAAAGAGCACUCAAGUACCCCAAUUCCUUCUAGAAGCCGGUUGGGCGGCCGACGGCCGCCAAAUCGUCAUUACUCAGCCACGAAGGGUGGCCGUGGUUACGUUAGCCACCCGAGUCGCCGAGGAGAAGGACUGUAUUUUGGGGCACGACGUUGGGUAUACUGUAAGAUUUGAUGAUGUAUCGGAUAAGGAUACUAAAGUCAAAUUUAUGACUGAUGGGCUAUUGUUGAGGGAGAUCCUUGCAGAUCCACUAUUAUCGAAAUAUAGCAUUAUCAUGAUUGACGAGGCACACGAACGGUCAUGUAACACGGAUAUUUUGCUCGGGUUACUUCGAAAAAUCAUACAAAUUCGCAAUGAUCUGAGGAUUAUUGUGUCCUCGGCGACGCUGGACGCCGAGCUUUUUAAGGAUUUUUUCGAGAUGAAUGAGACGGGAAAUUCGGAUAAAGAUACUGCUGGAAUUAUUUCAGUGGAGGGAAGAACACAUCCAGUUGCAGUACAUCAUACAAAAACGUCAGUGCCAGAUUACUGUCAAUCGGCGGUGGAUACUGUAAUAAAUAUUCACAAACACGAGAAUCCUGGCGAUAUUCUGGUAUUCUUGACAGGACAAGACGAGGUGGAAGACGUUUGUGAGAAGCUCCGCGAGCUGGCUGGAAAUUUGAAAAAUUGCGACCGUCUGUGGGUGGUUCCGUGCUAUGGAGCGCUUCCUGCUCGCGAGCAAAUGAAAGCCUUCGACUCAACACCCCAUGGAACCCGUAAAGUGGUCGUUGCAACCAACAUAGCCGAAGCAUCCAUCACAAUUCCCGGCAUCUGCUACGUCAUUGACACUGGCUACGUGAAGCUUCGCGCCCAACACGCCGCCAACGGUGUGGAGACCCUAAUGCGGGUUACUGUAUCCAAAGCAUCCGCCGAACAACGUGCCGGACGUGCCGGACGUAUUCGACCCGGAAAAUGCUAUCGCCUGUACCCGGAAUCGGAGUUUGAACGGUUCGCCGAGGGUACGGUACCCGAAAUUCAGCGGUGCCAGAUGGCGAGCACAAUUUUGCAGUUGAAAGCUCUUGGUGUGCAGAAUGUGCACAGAUUUCACUAUUUAUCGCCACCCCCGUCCUGGGCGAUGAUCAACGGUUUGGAGCUUCUUUACGCGCUUGGAGCAAUCGACGAAACAUCCCAACUAACAUCCCCAUUGGGUCUACAAAUGGCAGAAUUUCCAUUACCACCAAUGCACAGUAAAUGUCUACUGAAAUCCGCCGAAUUCGGGUGCUCCACAGAAAUGGUGACAAUUGUUGCAAUGAUGCAAAUCCAGGAUGUCUUUAUUACCCCAUAUCGUCAACGUCAUCAAGCUGACGUCAUUCGAAAGAAAUUCGCGGUCGAAGAAGGAGAUCACAUGACAAUGCUCAAUGUUUUCACGAAAUUCGUCGAAAAUGGCCGCAGCAAGAAGUGGUGCUCCGAUCAUUUUGUGAAUUAUCGGGGGCUUAUGAGGGCGGAUAAUGUGCGGAGCCAACUUGUCAGGCUGUUGAAGAGAUUUGAGAUUGAGAAAGUUUCAAGUCGCGGGCUUAUUAAUUGCUCUGAAAACAUCCGACAAUGCCUUGUAACCGGCUUCUUCUCCCAGGCGGCCCAAUAUCACUACACAGGGAAAUAUAUGACAGUCAAGGAGAGCUUCCCCUUCAAUAUGUACAAAGGAUCGUCGAUUAUGUUCAAGAAAGACUAUCCGAAAUGGGUAAUCUUCACCGAAGUGAUGCAGGAUUCGAUCCGUGACGUCACAGUUAUUGAGCCUGAAUGGCUUUACGAAUUGGCUCCACACUAUUACGAAUUUGGCACCGAAGGAGAGCUCGCCGAGAAGAGAAUGAGGGGUCCUGCUGCCACCUCCGCCGCCGCUGACGAUGAUUAUUAAUUCGAAUUUUUUAAAAUUUUAUUUAUUAUUGAUUUUUUAAGUGUGUGUUGUUGGUUGAAAUAUUGAUGAAAAACUGAAAAAACUAAA